AUGAAGUCAUCGCGUUGGUGGCAGAGGACUCUGAUCCUCGCUCUUCUCUCUAUCUCUGUCGUUGCGCCGCUUGUCUUCGUGUAUCACCGCGUCCAUCUCACUCCCUACGCGCGACGAGAGUUUCUAGAAGAUAUAUCCAGUGUUACAUACAGGACAGAUCCUUUACAGCUAAAUGCUAUUGAACAGGUAAUGGAAGGUUUUAUUAGAAUUUUCGCCAUCGAAGGUGCUGAAGAAUUAGAAGAGCCAAAGGAAGUUGUUUAUAAAGAAAAAGAUUUUAGUUCAACAGAUAGUUACAUUCAACAAAAGAUUAAUGAUUAUGAGAAAUCUAAAAGCGAAGGGUACAGAAAUAACAUUUUGGAAAGAAAUGAAUUCAACAAGGACAAAAGACAGGGUCAGAAAGCUCAGCAGAAAGGACCAUUCUCCAUGAUUGGGAAUAAGAAUAUAUCUAAUACAACAGUCACACAUAAUCUGAACAUGCACACUCAUUCUCAAAGAAUGACAGAUAAUAAUGUUGAAGUGACAGAUACGCAAUAUAUUCAAAGAGCAACCCAAAAGCGUCAGAUUUCACAUCGUCAGCCUCAGAAAGUGUCAAAUCAGAAGGUUUGGGAAAUUAAGGAUCAAAUUAUUAGAGCCAGAGCAUACUUGGGGUUUGCUUCACCAGGCAGAAGCUCGCACCUGGUGAAGGAGUUGAAGCUGAGAAUUAAAGAGAUGGAACGUGCAGUUGGAGAAGCUACUAAGGAUUCUGAUCUGUCAAGGAGUGCUUUGCAGAAAAUGCGACACAUGGAGGCUUCACUGUCUAAAGCCCAUCGUGCUUUCCCAGACUGUGCUGCUAUGGCAGCUAAGCUCCGUGCAAUGAAUCAUAAUGCUGAAGAGAAUAUUCGUUCUCAGCAACGUGAAGCAACAUAUCUUGUUCAUCUUGCUGCAAGGACUACCCCAAGAGGUCUUCACUGUCUUUCUAUGCAGCUGACAUCUGAUUACUUUGCCCUGAGACCUGAGGACCGGAAGCUUCCAAAUGAGAACAAGAUUAAUGAUCCAAAACUUCAUCAUUAUGUUGUCUUCUCUGACAAUGUUCUGGCAUGUGAAGUAGUUGUGAACUCCACAGUCUCUAAUGCCAAGAAACAGGAAAAACUUGUUUUUCACGUAGUGACCAAUUCACUCAACUUUCCUGCAAUCUGGAUGUGGUUCUUAUUAAACCCUCCUGGCAAGGCCACACUCCACAUACAAAGCAUAGAGAACUUCAAAUGGUUACCUAAGUACAAUGCAUUCAAAAAUCAUAAUUCCAGUGAUCCAAGAUAUACUUCAGAGUUGAACUACCUGCGUUUCUACCUCCCAGAUAUCUUCCCUACCUUAAAUAAGGUUCUGCUCUUUGAUCAUGACGUGGUGGUGCAACAAGAUCUCAGUAGACUAUGGAAUGUCAAUAUGAAAGGGAAAGUAAUUGCAGCAGUUGGCACUUGUCAGGAGGGUGGAACUUCAUUUCAUCGGAUGGAUAUGUUCAUAAACUUCUCAGAUCCAUUCAUAGCAAAUAGGUUUGAUGUCAAUGCUUGCACGUGGGCAUUUGGGAUGAACUUGUUUGAUUUACAACAGUGGAGGAGACAAAAUUUAACUGCUCUCUAUCACAGAUAUUUGCAAAUGGGUUCCAAGAGGCCAUUGUUGAACACCGGAAGUCUGCCUUUAGGCUGGCUGACCUUCUAUAACAAGACUAUGAUUUUGGACAGACGGUGGCAGAUUCUUGGCCUUGGUUAUGACUCAGAUGUUGAUAAAAACCAGAUUGAGCGGGCUGCGGUUAUACACUUUGAUGGAAUAAGGAAACCGUGGUUAGACAUUGCAUUGGGAAGAUAUAAAAGUUACUGGACCAAAUUUAUUAACUUUGACAAACCUAUUUUGCAACGAUGCAAUCUCCAGGCGUAG